CCUCCCUCCUGCAGGGCGAGAAAGAGGCGGCGAGUCGCGCGCGGCGGCUGGCCUUUGGGCGGGUUGCCUCGCGAUGCUGCUCCCGCCGCCGCCGCCGCCCUCGUCGCUUCUGCCAGGAGGCGCCCCGGGCGCUGGAGCGCGAGCCAUGGCGGGGCCGGAGCUCCAGGACGAAGCCGGCCUCCGUGAGCAGCAGAACGAAGACGGGGAGCGAGGCCGCGGCCGGGCCACGGCCGAGUGCGCCCGGAGCCGGGCGAGCAGGGCGGUGUCCGAGGCGGAGGCCGCUGCGUCAACUACCCAAGGGGACCCCGAAGGCGCCGGUCCCCGCUGGGGAGCCCAGCACGCCGGAGCCCGCGAACUGGCCGAGCUCUACUCCCCCGGGAAGAGACUGCAGGAAUGGAUUAGUGUCAUCCUGUGUUUUUCUCUGAUGUCUUUCAACUUCUACCAUCUUCUCUUCUGCUUGAGACUGGAACAUGCCUUCUCAAUUAUUUUUGGGAUUUUUGCAGGAAUCAUUACUGCUGAUUUUGCCUCUGGUCUAGUGCACUGGGGAGCAGAUACCUGGGGAUCUGUCGAUCUGCCAAUAGUUGGAAAGGCUUUUAUCAGACCUUUCAGAGAACAUCACAUUGACCCAACAGCAAUUACAAGACACGACUUCAUAGAGACCAAUGGAGAUAACUGCAUGUUGACGGUAGUUCCAUUGGCAAACAUGGCCUACAAACUGGUUUCUUUAUCACCAGAAGCAUUACACCAAUCGUGCCCUUGGGAGUGUUACGUCUUUGCCCUGGCUAUAUUUGGAACCUUGACAAACCAGAUUCACAAGUGGUCUCACACCUACUUUGGUCUUCCUCGCUGGGUUAUCUUCCUGCAAGACUGGCACAUUAUCCUGCCGCGCAAACACCACCGGAUCCAUCACGUGUCUCCUCAUGAAACUUAUUUCUGUAUUACUACAGAUCUCUUUCGAGUCGCCUCUUCUGGGUGUCGACACCAUUUUGGAAUGAGGCAGGCAGCGACUGCGGAGAGAACUGUCAUUGCUGCGAGCGCCCCUUCUUCAGGGAUGUUCACCUGCCAUGGCUGGCUCAACUAUCCGCUGGAGAAAAUAAGAUUUUGGAGGUUCCUCGAGAUUAUCAUUCAAGGACUGACCGGAGAAAAACCGAGAGCAGAUGACAUGAAAUGGGCCCAGAAAAUAAAAUAAACUCUUGCCAGGCUUCUGCAGUCCUUAUACUUGUUGCCAAUAUUUUUAAAAGAAAAAAGCCAUCAGCCAAAUUAAAGACUUGUAAAGAAAUAAUGGACUAAAGCACAAUGCUUUUUAAAAAGUGCUAACAGACUGCAGUUAAAGGACUCACUCUUCAAAAUAAUACUUGAAAAUGCAAAUGGCUAAUUCCAUUUGUACGGAGCACCUUCUGUUAGCCACAUCUGCUGAUGUUGACCAUUUUUGUCCUUGAGUCUCAAAAGCCAUUAGUUGAAGACAAUGCACCAUUUUCUAGUAAGAUAUGUCAUUGGCACAGUAAAAUGUGUUGUAUCAACAUGAAUUGCCACUUUGAAAACAGGGUUAAGACCAAUAUGGAAUAAUGAAGAUAAGCAGACGAGCACUGCGUUUUUAAGGAGCAGGUUCAAACUGCAUGGGGAAAAAAUCAGCCAAGAGGGGAAGGGAAGUUUAUGAAAUUGUCAACACUUCAAUACAUUUAAUGUUUGGUACACCUUCCAGUUGCUUCAUCUUGCUAUCAUGUCCAGUCUUAGUCUAUGUGGUGUGCAACAGAACAUUUGGGAGUCUUGUUCUGCUAGUGGAUAAGGAUCCUUAUUGUCGUCUGUCUCCUGAAAUAAACAAGUGUUUUUACUCCCUUGAUAUCUGAGCAGACUGUUGCUGUAUAAGCCUGCAACUGACUUGGUAGCAACCUGGGAAGAAGAACAGAACGUGUUCUGCACAAGUGUCCAAACAUAAAGGCGCUUGUGUUAGGUCGUUUUGUGUUCAGCAAUUGGGGUUCCUUUCAGUAUGACUCCUCUUCCAAUAAUCAUUGUUCAAGUAGCUCUAGGAAAUUGGGCACAUGAUUUAUAUGUUAGAAAGGGAUAGGUUAAUGGUGUGUAUUUUUUUAAAGGUGCUUGCUCAUUCAUGUAAAUAUUAUAAAGCCUUAAUCUUUUUGGUGUAACAUGGAUUAAUAUUUUAAUGUGGUCUGAAUGUAUAUAAUAUAUUUAUAACAAAGCAGUUCGAUUAUACUAAUUGCAUUUG